AUGAAGAUCGGAAUAAUACCGUACCAAAAAGAAGAUUUUGAAAUUGAUAGUGAUAAACAACGCCCUUCAUUUCUAGAAUACCAAGAAACAUAUAAAGGGUUCAGCAAACCUAUCGAUACUCCAUUAAAUAAACGACAUUUCAUAUAUACGCCAUGUGCUCCAAUUCGUCAGUUCACAGAGUUAGGUUAUUGCAAUACUGAGUAUCCUUUUGAGAAACCAGGUUUCAAUACAAUGGAUAGAUCCGAUGGUCUUUCAAUGAUAAAUGGCGGCAAUGAUACUGUAGGUGUUAUACAAUCAAUGGGUUGGAGAUCUGGAAGAUGUGAUGUCUGUAUCAAGGAAGGUGUAUCAUAUUGGGAAGUAAUUGUACUGAAAGGUGGUGCUGUCUCGGUAAAUGAUGAAGCUGAUGGAGAUAAUGAAGUUAAAAAAAAGGAUGCCAUAGAUAACAGUCCUCAUUUACGAUUUGGUGUAUCUAGAAGAGAGAUGAGUCUCGAAGCACCUGUUGGUUUUGAUGUAUAUGGAUAUGGUGUCAGAGACGAAGCGCUAGAAUCUGUACACGAAGGUAAAUUAAGUAAAAAGAUUCAAACUGAAAGGCAAUUGAAAGAAGGAGAUCGAAUUGGGGUUUUAUUGACAUUACCUGAUACACAAGAACAAAUUGAACAAGCCAAAGAGUAUACUAUGAGAAGAUUGGAUGCAUUAUUGAAAUCUGGUUCCAAAGGGAUACUAAAUUCGGAUGUCACGUUAGAGAAUGAUCAAUCGUUGACAUCUGGACCACAUAGAAAGAAAUCAAAGAAUUGGAAACCAUCACAAAAGGAAUUUCAAAAAGCUUUGUUACAAGAUAUUGACUAUACAAAUGUUGUACGGGAUCAAAUUGCCAUUAGAUAUAAGGGACAAUUGCUAUUUGAGGGGACUGAUUAUGUGAAGACUACUAAACCUGAAUAUUAUUCAUCGGAUCAUCGAGAGAGACAAGACUACUACAAUUUGAAAGGAUCCUCUUUGAAAUUAUAUUUGAAUGGGGAAUAUUUAGGGACUGCGUUCGAGGAUUUAAAUCCAUUUUUACCACCUUUCAGUGAAUUACAAUACAACGAGAAAUUUUAUUAUAAUUAUUGGAAGAAUGGUGGGACUCGUCAUGCGGAAGAUCAAUCCCUCAAUGGACAUAAUGGUUCAACACCAGACAACAAGAUUGAUAAAUCAAUGGAGGGCGAUGAUCCUCGUGACAUAAUGAACAAUUUAAGCGAUGUAAAAGGUGUUCAAUUGUUAAGGAAUAAAUAUGUUAACAACAACCGUCUAGGCUAUUAUCCCACCGUGAGUUGCUUCAAUGGCGGUGAAGCAAAAAUCGUGACUGUUGGCUCGGAAUUGAAAUAUCUGGAACAAGUGAAAGAACAAGAAACGAGAGAUUGUCAAAUCAAGACCCUCGACAAACUAUUCAAUGAACAGAUAGUUGAUGAUAUAAUAUGGGAUAUCGUUGAUGAAAUUGAAGAAGAAUGCAAGGGAAAAUAA